AUGAAUACGAAAGAAAAAAAUAAUAAAAAUAGUCUAUCUUCAAGUUCAGUAAAAGAUGAAAUUAAUAAAACAAUUCAUGAUUCCCCUGUUGAUAGAAAUUUAAAAGGGAUAAAAGAAAAAAAUAAAGAUAAUUUGAAAAAAUCAGAUAGAGAGUUUAUUUUAAAAUACAAUUCAAACUUUGGUAAAGACUGUAGCUUUAUUCAAAAUGGUAUUAAUGAUUUUGUUGCUGAUACAGUAAUAAACAAAUGUGAAUUAAAAAUGAAAAAUAAUAUAAAUAAUAAUACUUAUGUUGAGAAUCUUGAUUUCCAUAUUAAUUCUGAUGAUAAUUAUAUUUUUAUAAGUGAUAGUGAAGAUGAUUUCAAAAAUAAAAAAUUUCAGAAAACUAAGUUAUCUAAUAAUUUAUCUAUUGAAAAUUCAUUAAGCAAUGGUAGUUCGUCUGUAAUUUUUUCAAAGGAAAUUAAAACAAAGUUUUUGAAUAAAGUAGAAAAUAAUAUAAAUACUAAUAAAAAUAAAUGUAACAAAAAAAAAUAUAAUGAAUUAAUCAAAGACGUUAAUGCAGAUAUAUAUUCUAAAUGCUGGAUACGCCAAAAAUAUAAAAACAGAAGUACUUAUGAAUAUGAUAGAGAAAGAGUUUGUGAAUCUACUUCUUUACAUAAUUAUAAAAGAGAUUCAUACUCGAAUGAUAAAAAAGGUUCAUAUAAUAGAUAUUAUAUUAAAGAAUAUAAUUCAAUAUUGUCAAUUCCAUCUAAUAGGGCAUCGCAUACAUGUGAUAUAAUAGAAAAUAAACUUUUUUUAUUUGGUGGAUGGAAUGGAAAGAAAGCUUUAAAUGAUCUUUAUAUUUAUGAUAUUGAACAAAAAAAAUGGUUUUUUGUUGAUUAUGAAAAAGCAGAAUGCUAUUUUGAAAAAAUUAAAGUCUUAAAAAAAUUAUACUCUAAAAUGAAUUAUUAUUCACUUGAAAAAAAUGUAACAUAUAAAAACAUUCGCAUUCCAAGUGAUAAAAGUGAAACAACGGAGAACGAAGAAAUAGAAAAGGAACAAGAAUCAAGAGAAAAAGAAAAAAAAAAUGUGAAAAUAAAAUGUAGGAAGGGCGAAAUUCAAGAAAUAGAAAAAUAUGAUGAAGAUGAGGAAUAUGAAAAUGAAGAUGAGGAGGAUGAAGAUGAAGAAGAUGAAGAUGAGGAAGAUGAAGAUGAAGAUGAGGAAGAUGAAGAUGAAGAUGAAGAAGAUGAAGAUGAAGAUGAAGAAGAAGAUGAAGAUGAAGAAUUAAAAAAUAAUAGUGAAAAAUAUAAUAAAAAAGAAGAAAAAAAAGAUAAAUUAAAAUGCACCAUGAAAUUAAAUAAUGAUUAUGAUUAUUAUUCUCUUUUUACAAAAAGAACUUCAAUAAAUUAUAAUAUCUUGAAUAGUAUUUGUAAAGGAGAUAUAAUAGAAAAGUUUCAGGUUCCUCUUCCUAGAAAUAACCAUGCUUCAUGUUGUAUUAAUGAAAAAAUUUACAUUUUUGGUGGUCAUGAUUCAACAAAAUGGUUAGAUGAUAUGCAUGUUUUAAACGCAAGUGGUGUAGUUAAUUCAUUAGGUAAGUUAAAUUUAAAAAACAAUAAAUGCAAUUCAUUGUAUAAAAGAUAUAAUAAGGAAGCAAGUGCAUUCAGUAGUAGUUCCAGUUUAAAUUCAGAUGAAUCCAAUGAAGAAAAGGAUAUCUGCUCAUAUAAUUAUAUUUAUUUUGUUGAAAUAAAAAAAAAAAAAUUAGAAUAUUGGCCAUCCCCAAGAGCAUGCCACACAUUAAAUGCAGUAAAAAAUAAACUAUAUUUAUUUGGUGGUUUUGAUGGAAACAGUUGUUCUAACAAUGUAGAAGUUUUUGAUACAGAAAAAAGAAAAUGGAUUUGUGCUGAAACUAUGGGUUCAAUUCCUUGCCCAAGAAAUGCUCAUUCUAUGAUAAAUUUAAAUAACAAUUUAUAUUUAUAUGGUGGUCGUUCCAUGAAAUGUUAUUUAAAUGAUUUGUUUGUUCUUAACACAAAGAAGCUAGUUUGGACAGAAAUAAAAUUUUCAAAUUUUUUAUUGCCUUGUAUAGCAGGACACACAAGCUGCUUUUUAUUUAAAAAAAUUUUUCUAUUUGGUGGAUAUAAUGGAAAUGAAAGAUUAAAUAAGACAUAUAUUAUUGAUAUUAAAAGAAAAAAUAUUACUUUAUUACCCUCCCAAAAAAAUACUCCUCAUUGCAGACAAAAACAUACUUGCUGUGUUUAUAAAAAAAAACAAAUAUUUAUAUUUGGUGGAUUUGAUGGAAAUACAUGGUAUAAUGACUUAUGCAUUUUUGAUGCUAGUAAAAUAGAACAAAAGGUGUUAACUGAUAUUUCCAUUAAAAAGCUUCUUAAAAUGUUACGUAGUUUAGUAAAUAAUCCACAAUUUUCUGAUAUAACAAUUAUAGUCCAGAACAAAAAAAUAUAUGCACAUAAAAAUAUUUUAUGCACUCACGGUUCAUAUUUUAAAUCUUUAUUUUUUAAUAAUUCCUUUCAAAGUAAACAUAGUACAUUAGAGGUUAAUGAUUGGUCAUAUGAAUCAUAUAUUAAAAUGAUUGAAUUUCUUUAUACUGGAAGGUUAAAGAAUAUUUACAAUAUUUCUUAUACAAUUUUAACUGAGAUUAUGGGUUUAUCAAAUGAAUAUUCUAUACACAUUUUAAAAGGAUUAUGCAUAAAUGUUCUUAUUAAUAAAAUUAAUAUUAAUAAUGCAUGCUAUUUAUUAAAACAUGCAGAUAUAUAUAAUGCAUCUGAAUUAAAAUACCACUGCUUAACUUUUAUUAAGUACAAUUCUCAACACAUUAUAUUUACAAAAGGGUUCGAAGAAUUGAAAUCAAAUCCCUCUUUAAUCGUAGAUAUAUCAAAAUUAUGUCUUAAUCAAAUAUGA